GCCUUGCAAGAUCUUCACCAUGAGACAAUCACUCAUGUCCGUCAUCUUUGCCGCAGCGCUCUUUUUCGAGUGCUAUGCUCUGUCAGUGGCGAUACCCAUGGGCAAGACUGAUGAUGGCUCCUUGGAGCAGGAUACUUUGGCCUCGCUGUUGAGCGACGAAGCGCCAGAAAACUUCAGCGAAGCAGAUCUGGCUCCUGUGGGUAAAACCAGAGGGCCGAGGGUGAUCGUCAUCGCCGAUCCGAGCCUGUGGAGGGACCUGCGGGUGCAACACAACGGACUGUCCCUCCACAAGCGGAGAGCUGACGACAACAGUGUGGUCAUCGAGCACAGAGACGCCAGCCAGGACCUGAACAUCCCCAUCCUGAGGAGGGACACAAUGAGAUGCAUGGUGGGACGGGUGUACCGGCCGUGCUGGGAAGUCUAGGACUCUGCUCGUCUAGGCGCCGAAACAGAGGACGAACGCCGCAUCCUCUCCUG